CCAAUUAGGACAACAAAGCCUUCCUCACCUUCACUGCAGGAGAUAGCUGGAGGUCACUUUCAACAAAUGCAAAAUGGUAAGAUUGGGCUUUCUUUGAUCACUGCCAAGUCACUAAUAGAAGUACCCAGGCAUCAAAAGCGGAUUUGUCAACUGAUCCGCCCUGCCAUUCUCGAGCCGUGAGUCACAUAGUUGCACCCGCAUUUGCCUCUUCUAACGAUGUCUGAAAGUGCGCAAUACAAGGUCAGCAUGCUUGCUGUAUGUGGGCGGAAGCCCCCCAAUGCUAAUGAGUCGUUCAAAGAUUGCUUGGCGAAGAACUCCUACAACGAAGCCAAGUGUAGGUCGCAAGUCGAUGCUCUCUAUAAGUGCUGCAAUGCGUUUUAUGCUCAAAAUGGAGACAAUGCGAAAUCAGCCAGUUGCCCCAAGGCGAGUCUGUUGAAGUUGAAAAUGAAGCAGAGGGCGGACGAAGGGUCAAAGUGACCUGGCGAAUGAAGCUGGAGGCCCACCAGGCCCUAGAAUGUAUGCUGCACCAGGAAACAGGCACUAAAGAUACUUGGGAAAGAAUAGUCCUAUGGGAAUGAGAAUAUGACACUCCAAGUUUACUGCCCGCCGUCAGCCCAAAGAUCAGGGAACGGAAACAGGGAGUGUCGAAUUUGCUCUUGGCGAUCAUGAGCGCGCAUAGAGGUCCGAAGGACCUGAACAAGCAAUGAUGGUUACUCCUUAGGAGGCUUAUCCCGAGACUCUAUUAAGAUGGCCUGUUUUAGACAUUAUGUGUAGGAAAAGAGACGGAAGAAUUUUGUAGCUUUAAAAGGUUAGCUAGCGC